AUGCCAAAUGGUGUAUUUCACUCUAGAACAUGGACUUCCAUGACUGCAAGGUUGAAUUCUAUAACCAAUCAUUCAUUCAAUGUUAAGCAACUAAAACAAAAGGUGAAUCAACUGCAGAGUAUGCAUCGUGAGUUCACUUUAUUAUUGAAACUCACUGGAUUUAGGUGGAGUGCAGAAACAAACACUGUUACUGCAAGUGAAGAAGUUUGGCAAAACUAUCUUCAGGCACAUAAAAAGGCUGCUCAAUUUCGAAAGAAAGGAUGUGACCACUAUAAGCUAUUGGGAAUCAUAUUCAACAGAAGUACUGCAACUGGAGUACUCCAUCACUCUUUUACCCAAGACCCACCAAAUAGUGAUGAAGAAAAUGAACUGAAAAAUCAAUAUCUUAACAGUGGGGUUCAUAGAGAUGAUAAGGAUAGUUCAAAUGAUGACAUUCAAGAGGUGGAACAUAUCACACAAAGUGGAAAAUGUAUAAUUCGAACCAAAGAGCACAAGUCUAAAAAAGAGUCUAGAAAAUAUCAAAUGACAGAAGCACUUGCAGCAUGGGCUGAAGCUUCUAAGGUAAGAGCAGAAAAAUAUAAGGGUGGUAAGAGUGUGGAGGCUAAUUCUGAAUAUACUGUAGCUAAAUGUGUCAUUGCUCUUGAGGAGAUUGAAGGCAUUCGAGCAGACAUAUUUGUCAAAGCUUUGGAAAAAUUUAGGAAAUAUGAUUGGAGGGAAAUGUUUCUUACUAUGUCUGUUGAUGGGAAAAGGAAAUGGUUAGAUAUGCUUUAA